AUGCAAAUAUUAUUCAUGUACGAAGGGAACAUUGUGCCUCCUCGAAAGAGGAGAAAAGAAGACAAAGAAGAGAGGAAGAAAAAGAAGAAGGAGAAGAAGAAUAUAAAGAAGAAGGAGAAGAAGAAGGAGAAGAAGGAGAAGAAGAAGGAGAAGAAGAAGAAGAAGAAGAAGAAGAAGAAGAAGAAGAAGAAGAAGAAGAAGGAGGAGGAGGAGGAGGAGGAGGAGGAGGAGGAGGAGAAGAAGAAGAAGAAGAGGAAGGAGAAGGAGAAGAAGAAGAAGGAGGAGGAGGAGGAGGAGAAGAAGAAGAAGAAGAAGAAGAAGAAGAAGAAGAAGAAGAAGAAGAAGAAGAAGAAGAAAAAGAAGAAGAAGAAGAAGAAGAAGAAGAAGAAGAAGAAGGAGAAGGAGAAGGAGAAGGAGAAGAAGGAGAAGAAGGAGAAGGAGAAGAAGGAGAAGAAGGAGAAGGAGAAGAAGGAGAAGAAGGAGGGGAGGAGAAGGAGGUGGGGGAGGAAGAGCAGAAGGAAGAAGAGGGCAACAGCAACAAAAAUGACGAUGAUAAUAAUGACAGGAAUGUGUCCUGUUUACAACCAGGCUACAAUACUCCUGAUGCCCAAGGUGUGAAGAACUCUACGUCCCCAUGGCCACCGUCCUAAUUCAUAUGCGCACCACAUCUCAAUGAAACUUUGGGUCGGCUUUCUAUUUGGCAUCUGUCUCCAGUCUCUUCUUGCCUUUUCUCCAUCCAUUCUGCGGACUGUUGUCCUAGACAUCAAUAUCACUGCCUUGCCCCUAAUCCUUCCAGGCUUCCCUUUGUAUUUCAGACUAGAUAAGAGCUCCUUAGCUUGACAUGUGCCAAAAAUCUACCAUGCCUGCCUUAUACCCCCUCCGCACCCCACCCCCCUCACUCACCUUCCAUUUCAGGAAGAGUAAAUUAGUCACUGUUCCCCAAAUGUUCCUGUUAAAUUCCUGUCCCUGUCUCUUUGCUUGCACUGGCUUGCCCUUUGUCCUCAUCUCUGAGUGCUGACACCUCAUCUGUCCUUCCAGUCCCUGGUCAAAUGCCCCCUUCCACAUUAAUACUUCUCAACUCUUUCACUCCAGCUGUGAUCAAUCUCAAAAACUCAGCAUUUCCUGCUACACUGGGCUACCUCCUUCAGUGUUCACACCAGAGCCUGUCUAUGGCAAGAGGACUCGACAACAGAAGGAAAAAGAGGAGGAGGAAGGGGAGGAGGACAGGUGUCUCUCUCUGCCAUAAUCUGGCCUUUUCUGGCUCUUCAUUCCUGCAAAGAUAUCCUAGGCCAGUUGAAUUAAAGGAGACAUGCCAAGACUUUUCCACCUUUGAGACUGUAUCACUGUGGCCUCCACCUGUAAUCUUCCUUCCCACAUAAAGACCUUCCUGUUUCUCAAGGCUCUGCUCCAGUUUACUCCUCUAUGGAGCCUUCAUGAUCCUCUGUCAUCUCUCCCUUUUCUGACCACCUCUGAUCUCACAGAGCAUUCAUUAUGCUCCUUCUUCCACUUUAUGGAUCUGAGUUUUUAUACUUGCUGGACAGAGCGUGGAGCUUUGGAAUUAGAUUUGUCAUUGGACAAGAUAGUAAACUUGCUCAGCCUCAGUUUCCCUCUCUGUAAAAUGGGGAUCCUAACACCUACCUCACAGAGUAGUUAUGAAGAUUAAAUAAGACACACUUGUGCUAGAAGCAAGGUUAGCAUCACCUGCCCAUGAAAACUCAGCCUACAAGUUACGCGUCGCUGUGAUCUUGGUAACACCUAAACAAGAUGGGCUUGACUGUGUGGCGGAGGACAAACCCUGAAACUUCCAGAGGCAGAGAGACAACAGGACCAGGUAACCUCAGGUAAAAGGCUUCUCAAGUGCCCAGUUUAGGCCUUGGGACAGCCUGGGCUUCCUUGUCACCAGGAAGCUAAAGAGAGCAACAAGGAAGUUCUCAUUGACCUGGUGAAGCUGGUCCAACAGGAGAAGCUCUGAUGGGAGACCUCAGAAGAUCUCAAGAGAUGUGAGUCAACUGUCCCCCAGUAUUCUGUGCUGGCCAGACCACUCUCAGGGAGCUUGGUUCUCUCAG